AUGCCCACCACCACCACCACCACCACCGGCAGUUUCACCCCCUGCACCAAUGCCAGCACCUUCCGUGGCUACGCUCCCACAUCAACUCCAACUACCGCUCUCGUUCCCGCUCCAGUCUCGACUUCUGAGAUGGCUACAUCUCUGUCUCCAAGCAUUGCCUCACCUCUCGCGCCACCUCUUGCACCUGCGGAUAGUCCAGCUGUGACGACUCCUUCAGGCGCUCACGGUUCACUCAACAGAGUUGCAGUCUUGGAUUCUGCCCUUUUCGGCACCGUUGCUGUUGCCUUGUUGAUCUAA